AUGCAACUCACCUCCGAAACCAUUCCCCGCUACACUGUGCUCACCCGAUACGUCCAGACCGGCCUCUCAUUACUGUGCUGGUGUCUGGCCAUCUCCGCCGUGGCCCUUAUUGACGGAGGCUACUGGAGCACCGACGCCUACGGAAUUGCCGUGGGCAUCCUCACCUUCAUCUGGCUCGCCUACGUCAUGUUUGUGCCCGCAAGAUACCCCAAGUACGCCAACGGCUUGGCUGCCGUGGUGGGCGAGGUGCUCAUUAACAUUUUCUGGUUUACUUCCUUUAUUGCUUCCGCCGCCCAGCGAGGCCCCGAGUCGUGCAACUUCAGAGGCUGGGGAAACCGAUACCUCAAGGACUGGGGAUCCUCCUGUAAGGUCGCCAAGGCCUACAUUGCCUUCGCAGCCAUCACCUGGCUCUUUUUCAUCUUCUCGACCUUCUUCGUCAUCAAGACCUCCAUUCCUCACUUUAAGAUUGGAACCAACGCCGUGAUCAAUGCACCUGUCCUGGUCGGUGGAACUCUGGGCGCUGCUGUCGCCAGCGACCCCGAGGACCCUGAGGCUGCUGAGCGUGACCUCGAGGGAGGCCUCCAGCCUGAGGAGACUGUCCAUGUGUCCGACGAAGCCGAGAAGGAGAUCACCGUCGACCCCCAGGUCUCUCAGGUCGACCCCCACGUCUCUCAGGUGACCACCCACACCCAGGACCAGGAGACCGCCCAGGAUCUCGGCACCGUCAAGAUGCCCGAUGAGACCUACCAGCCCUACACCUCCACUCUGGAUACCCACAACAAGUAG